CCGCGGGCCUACCGGUAUCCGGCUGUUGUCCGAUCGAUGGGACGAUGACUGGCUUAUGUUAGUUACGGUUCGUCGGUCCUAACAGUGUAAACUCUCAUUACGUUCAUCUAUAUAAUUUCAUCCAUCCCUCCAUGAUUUGUGAAUUUUAGUGCACUACUACUGCUGCAGUGUACGUUUUACGUUUGUCUAUUGUUUGACUAACUUGUCUGUGUGAAUUUGCUAAUAUAUCAUCUUCAACGACUUCUACUUCUGUUAUAACACUCGCCAUGGAUUCCGAAAUUACAAAUAAUGGCGGUGAUGUUGGAAAACUGUCAAAGGACGAACUCAAAGUGUACGAUCGGCAAAUACGUCUAUGGGGCCACGAUGGACAGAAGAAGUAUUAUUUAAAAUAAUUACNCGUGUUUUAAUAUUAGGUUGAGUUCAUGGAAUGUUCUUCUGAUCGGAAUGCAAGGUUUAGGUGCGGAAAUUGCUAAAAAUUUGAUAUUGAGUGGCGUACAUUCUAUAACUCUUAAGGAUGACACAAAUAUUUCCAUUUUGGACCGCUGUUCGCAAUUUCUCAUCCCUCCGGACAGCGAAGAGCGUAAUGUAAGUACUUAUUUGCAAAAUUGAACUUGCAGUACCGUUGUACCGAUUAUAACUAAUUGGUUCGUUGUGUAAUUUCCAAUUGGAACUAGUCUAGUAUACCUGUGUACAUAAAAACUUGUAUUAAACAUAAUAAUAAUAAUAAUAUUUGACAAUUGUUUGCCAAAUUAUUUAUUAACAUAAACACAUUUCCUAAAUAGUUGGAUGCGUGUUGUUUUUAGCGUUUAUAUUGAUGUUAAUAUUUAAUUGACAUGUCAUUAUGAAACAAUUUAUUUAAUAUUAACUAUUAGUUCUGAUUAGGUAUUUGAAAAUUAUGUACUAAUUUAAAGAAUGGUGAGACCAAUUAUGUAGGUAAAACUAACAUUGGAUUAGCACAAUUAGCAACUAUUAUUUUAAUUUUUCUGUAAUGUUUUUUACUUUUGUAGGUAUGACAUUCCGUAAUUUAUAUCCAGCUUAUAUAUAUACCUAGGUCGUACACUUAUAAGUAUUUGUCGUUUAUCAGUUGAUCACAUUUGUUUAUAUGAUGUAUUAGAUCAUAUUUAUUUGCAUAUAGCCAUGAUAUAAUAAUUAUAAUAUUUUUUUAAUUGUAGCGAGCCAAAGCAAGUUUGGCGAAUGCUCAGAAAUUAAAUCCAAACGUGACAGUAACGGCCGAUAUCAAAUCCAUUGAAGAGGAAGAGGAAGAUUUUGUCUCAAAAUUUGAUGUCGUCAUUGCCACUGAGUGUUUUCCUGCAAUUUAUAGGAAAAUCAAUGAGAAUUGCAGAAAACAUAAAGUAAACUUGUAUAUUGCGGAUGUUUUUGGUUUUUUUGGCUAUUUUGUCCAGGACGUGUAAGUAAAAAUGUGAUUUAUUUACAAUACGUAAAAUUUAUAAUUUUAUUUUUUUAGCACUUUUGAACACAAUUUGUAUCAUGAGAUUUUUCCUAACUAUGAUCAACGUAGUAAUGUUUCAGAAAACCGCCCGUUGCCAUAUUAUUUAACAUCGGGUAUGUAUCAUUGAUUUUGUACAAGGAAAUGAUAAGGUAAGAGUACUAUUGAUUUUUCAAAUUGUUUAGCCUUAUUGAGAUUUCAAUGCGAAUCAAAUCGAAAGCCUGUCCCAGACAACUGCGAGGAAGACAUUGCAGAGCUUAAGUCUAUAAUUUCAUCUUUUGAACAUAUAACUGAUAUAGAGGCAUACGAUGAGUAUUUGGGGUGAUUAUUAUUAUAAAUUAAUCUUUAAAUUUAACAUUUAUAUUAAUAAUAAUAUGUUUAUUUCAGUGAACUGUUUUGCGAAAUGAGUCCAACGACUUCGAUUAUCGGUGCGGCUGUAGCUCAGGCAGCAAUGAAUACUAUUAUGGACAGGACAAUUGACAAUUUCAAUGUGUUCUUUUAUGACCAUGUGGAACACAGAGGACAAUAUUUUAAGUUGUAAAACAUAAUGAGAUGAAAUCUGGCCNAUAAUUAUUUUAAAAUAAUAAUAUUGAAUGUAAUUUAUAAUAAAUAAAAUGAUUAUAAUAAAAAAAUGGUUCUCCUAAUUAGCAAGAAUGACAUAGUAUGGUAUUAAAAUUAUUAGGUAUACAUGACAAAUUAGUAUUGCAUUACUUCAAUCAAACUAAAAAAUAUUUUUACACAUAAAACAGACUUAACAUUAUUAAUUUUUGAAAUGAAUUUGUUUUGUUAUUGUUAUCUAUUGAAGUGAUGUUAUCUUACUGUUGUGUAUAUUUUUAAAAAUAAACAUACAAGUUGAGGUUUAUGACCUUUCAAAGGUGAUUGAUUUAGAAUGUGGUGUGGUGUAACGGUGAAUAGUUUGUUUAUUUUGAGAUGAGCUAAAGAUUUUAUUGUUAGGAAUUUAAUAUUAUAUUUCAUUGUUUUGAUGCCUAUUUGUUCUAUAUUACUUUGAAAUAUAGUUUCUGUUAAUUUACAAAUAUUAACCACAUCUUGUGACGGUUUUGUUAAGCUUCCUUUUGUUUUUUAUAGACAGUAAUGAUGUAGGUUACUGAUCAAUAAUUUCCGAAUCAAUAAUUACUAAAACACUUUAAUAAUAUUUAAAAAAUUUAAUUUAAUAAUACUUUAAUACUUAAAAAAAUUAUUUGUUUUAAAAAGUUAUAUCAAAACAAGGGAAAUAUGUAUUUAUUAUUUUUAAAUAUAAUUAAUAUUUAAAAACUAAUUUCACAUAAACAUUACGCUAGGAACAGUUCUCUUUGAAAAAAAAAAAGUAUGUUUUCCGCAUUGCGUGUGCAAUAGAUAAAUGUUUCAUUCAAAUCAAUAAUGAUUAAUUUGGUCAAUAUCCUAUAUACAUAAUAAUAUUUGUUUGUGUUAUUCAAAUAUUAUAUAUCUACCAAUAAUAUAACAUUACAAUUUUUAUUGGUAAUAAAUUUAUUUCUAUAUAUAAAUAUACCUUUAUAUAUAUAUAUUAAAAUUAAUCGAUCCAGUAGAAUUCAAAAUCUCUUAUUAAUCACUUUAGAUAAAAUUUGAUAACAUAUUCUAAAAGAUCGUUUAAGGUUUAGUAGAAGUAGAUGAAAACAGAAUUGAGCUACGAUGAUUUCAGGCUGAGAUAUUCAAACUGAAAAAUUCUCAAAAUUGAAUUAUCCAAAAAUCGAUUUUUAGUAUGUAUUGUAAAUAAGUUCAAAAAUAACAUCGGUUUUUGUUUUACAUUCUUCUGAUUAUUAUUGAAUAAGUUAGAGCAUUUCAAAAAUUUCCCCUUCCUAUGUAUAUAUUAUUUAUAAAAUCUAUCAUUAUAUUGAAAUAAUAUUAAAUUUAUAUAACUUAAAUGGACUAAUUUCAUUGUGCUUUAAUAUCCCAGUGUUCUGGGCUAUUGGUGAAUACUUCAAUUAUAAUUCAAUAGAUUCCAGGUUCAAACUGUAAUAUAGGCUAUAAAAAUGUGUAAAAAAAAUUUCAGCCACUGGCGUGACGUAAUAUCCGUAAGCUGAAAACAUUGUGUAAUACCAUAUCUGUUAUAUGAUUGUGACGAUUUGAUAAGUUAGUAGCUUAUCCGUGGUAAUAAACUCAUGCGCAACCAGAAUUCAAAAUUAGUGCGAUUACAUGAUGGAUAAAUAGAUCAGAACAUUAGGAUAAUAGUUAACCCAAUCCAAUGAUGUAUGAAAAAUAAUAUAUGAAAAAACAAAUAAAAAUUGGUGGUCACCGUGUAUGUGAAUGGAUUGGGAAAACUAUUGCAAAUUUUUUCCAUAUAUUUUAAUUCAAAUUUUUUUAUUUUCCAUUUUUCUUUUAAAAAAAAUUGUUUGAACCUUAGUUAAAAGAAAUAUUUUCUAUAUUAAAUGGAAAACUUUUAAAUUCAAUUGAAUAGCGUCACCUUUAAUUAUAAAUUCAUUAAAUUAAAUGAUUUAGAAACUAAUCAGCAAUAUUUAUGCAAAUAUUUUAGUAUUGAUAAAACAGGAUAUGGUGAUAAUUUAAGUGUUAUUUUAGAUGAUAAAUUCAAAUUAUUUUUAUCUGAUAGAUUUUUAAAUAAUUUUUCUCAUAGAGAAAUUGAAACAAUCAAUAAAAACACACAAGAGCAAAUCUUUUUGGUUUUUAAAGGUGUAAAACAACAAAAUAUAUUAUUUAAUUGAAUUUGAAUAAAGAGAACUAUUCAAAUCUUUUAAUUUGAUUUAAACUGAAAAAUAUUAUUUAUAAUAAAUAAGAAUAAUAAAAAUAUAAAACGGAUUCAUAAGGUUAGAAAAUCCUAUAUUUGGAGAAAAUGUAUUUAUUGGUGUUUUAGGUUUAAAUAUUACAUCAAAUUUAUUAAAAAUUGAAACAGAUUGUUUAUUAAAAAUUGAUGGAAACAUAAUUGAACUAAAAACAGGAAAAUAUAGUAUAGAUGAAUUAAAUAAAAUUGUUAAAUCUUUAAUAAUUUAUGUAGAAGGAGACAAUAUUAAUAUCAAAUCUUAUGUGUUUUUUUAAUUUAGAUAAAAAGUAUAAUAAAAUUUAAUAUUUAUCUUGAACAUGGUUUAUAUUAUACAUUUAUAACAGUAAUACUUGAAAAAGGAUUAUUAAAAAUAUCAUCCCCCUUUAAUAUAUGUCCUGAUUCGUAUUUAUCCAAUUGUUUAGGUUUUGAAUAUAAAGAUGUUGAAUCACUUAGAGGAGAAAAAUAUUCAAAAAUAUUAGGGUCUAAAUGGUCUUCUCAAAAAGAUGUUGAGAAAGGAGAAUGAUUUUUUACUUCAACUUCUGUAGGAACCUCUAACUUAAAUGAAAAAAAAAUAUUUAAGUAACAUAGAAGGAAAUACAUAUUUUGAUAAUGGUGUAAUUACAAAAAUUUCUAGAUUGAGUUAUACUUUGAUUAAAUAGAUUUUAUUUUAAAAAUGAAUCUGAAAGUUUCCGAUAAUGAUUUAAUUGAAAUUAAAAAUUAUGAAAAUAAUUUUGCUCUUUGUUUACAUGCAUAAAAUAAAACAAAUAAAUUAAAAAAUAAUUAAUAAUUAUAAAAAAAUCAAAUGUUACAUAAACAUUGCACUAGGAACUAGUUCUCUUUAACAAAAAUAAAUAAUAUAAUAUAUUACGCAUCACGCGUGAAAUAGAUUAUAUCUCAAAAAUAAUUUAUAUUAAAAUUAUCAUUCUUUUUUAUUAUUUGUUUUUAUUAAAUUAUCAAGGUAUUCUCUGAAAUUUUCUCUUUCUAUUUUUGUUGAAUAAAGUCCCAAAACUAAAGUAUUCAUACAAUUUUCUAGAAUAUAUCUUUUAUCAUUGUAUGCACUGAGAUCUUUUUUGUUUUGUUCAACAGUAUAUAUUUCAUGUUUAUCUGUUCUAAAAGUGUUCUGUUUUUUAUAUCUGUAUAAAAAUCAUCAAUAGUUAUUUCUACUAUUAAAGAAUCUGUGUCUGUGUAUAAUCUGAUAUUUUUUUCAAUAUGUUAUAAUAGGAAUCAUACAUUCGAGUUUUAGAUAAAUCUAAAAUACAUAUUCCUAAAUAAAUCGGUUGUUUUAAUUCAACCAUAGUUUUUUUCAUAUGUACAGCUACUAAUUUUUCUGUAAAAAUAGUUGCUCGAUCAAAAUUUGGUUAAGCAACCCAUUUUUCGAUUUUUUUUCAUCGUUAAUUAAUUUUAUAUAUUUAUGAUUCCUUGUGUUCAUCAUAGUCCUACCAAAUACACUGCUGUUCAUUAAUUUAUAAUGAUCUUUGUCAAAUUAAUUAUCUGCUUUGCACGAAAAUUUAUGUUAAAUUCUAUAUAUGGUUUCAACCAAUCUUUUUGAUUAUUACCCUAUGUAUUUUUUCUAAUUUUAAACCUAAAAUUAAAGCCUAAGAUUAAUAUAAUGUAGAAUAUAUUUUUUCUUAACAUAUAGAGUUUUUGUUAUUUUGGUAAUUCAUUAUUAUCAAAUACAUUUUCAGUGGAUAAUCAGAAUGAAGAUAGUGAAGCUCUUCAGGAUAUUUCAAAUCUACUUCGAACAUGUUAGCCCUUUUCCUAGUCAUCUUUCAUUCUUAAAAUUUUUUUUUAUUUAAUAUAAGAAUCCAAAGUAUGUAAAACAGAACACUUUUAGAACAGAUAAACAUGAAAUAUAUACUGUUGAACAAAACAAAAAAGCUCUCAGUGCAUACAAUGAUAAAAGAUAUAUUCUAGAAAAUUGUAUGAAUACUUUAGUUUUGGGACUUUAUUCAACAAAAAUAGAAAGAGAAAAUUUCAGAGAAUACCUUGAUAAUUUAAUAAAAACAAAUAAUAAAAAAGAAUGAUAAUUUUAAUAUAAAUUAUUUUUGAGAUAUAAUCUAUUUCACGCGUGAUGCGUAAUAUAUUAUAUUAUUUAUUUUUGUUAAAGAGAACUAGUUCCUAGUGCAAUGUUUAUGUAACAUUUGAUUUUUUUAUAAUUAUUAAUUAUUUUUUAAUUUAUUUGUUUUAUUUUAUGCAUGUAAACAAAGAGCAAAAUUAUUUUCAUAAUUUUUAAUUUCAAUUAAAUCAUUAUCGGAAACUUUCAGAUUCAUUUUUAAAAUAAAAUCUAUUUAAUCAAAGUAUAACUCAAUCUAGAAAUUUUUGUAAUUACACCAUUAUCAAAAUAUGUAUUUCCUUCUAUGUUACUUAAAUAUUUUUUUUUCAUUUAAGUUAGAGGUUCCUACAGAAGUUGAAGUAAAAAAUCAUUCUCCUUUCUCAACAUCUUUUUGAGAAGACCAUUUAGACCCUAAUAUUUUUGAAUAUUUUUCUCCUCUAAGUGAUUCAACAUCUUUAUAUUCAAAACCUAAACAAUUGGAUAAAUACGAAUCAGGACAUAUAUUAAAGGGGGAUGAUAUUUUUAAUAAUCCUUUUUCAAGUAUUACUGUUAUAAAUGUAUAAUAUAAACCAUGUUCAAGAUAAAUAUUAAAUUUUAUUAUACUUUUUAUCUAAAUUAAAAAAACACAUAAGAUUUGAUAUUAAUAUUGUCUCCUUCUACAUAAAUUAUUAAAGAUUUAACAAUUUUAUUUAAUUCAUCUAUACUAUAUUUUCCUGUUUUUAGUUCAAUUAUGUUUCCAUCAAUUUUUAAUAAACAAUCUGUUUCAAUUUUUAAUAAAUUUGAUGUAAUAUUUAAACCUAAAACACCAAUAAAUACAUUUUCUCCAAAUAUAGGAUUUUCUAACCUUAUGAAUCCGUUUUAUAUUUUUAUUAUUCUUAUUUAUUAUAAAUAAUAUUUUUCAGUUUAAAUCAAAUUAAAAGAUUUGAAUAGUUCUCUUUAUUCAAAUUCAAUUAAAUAAUAUAUUUUGUUGUUUUACACCUUUAAAAACCAAAAAGAUUUGCUCUUGUGUGUUUUUAUUGAUUGUUUCAAUUUCUCUAUGAGAAAAAUUAUUUAAAAAUCUAUCAGAUAAAAAUAAUUUGAAUUUAUCAUCUAAAAUAACACUUAAAUUAUCACCAUAUCCUGUUUUAUCAAUACUAAAAUAUUUGCAUAAAUAUUGCUGAUUAGUUUCUAAAUCAUUUAAUUUAAUGAAUUUAUAAUUAAAGGUGACGCUAUUCAAUUGAAUUUAAAAGUUUUCCAUUUAAUAUAGAAAAUAUUUCUUUUAACUAAGGUUCAAACAAUUUUUUUUAAAAGAAAAAUGGAAAAUAAAAAAAUUUGAAUUAAAAUAUAUGGAAAAAAUUUGCAAUAGUUUUCCCAAUCCAUUCACAUACACGGUGACCACCAAUUUUUAUUUGUUUUUUCAUAUAUUAUUUUUCAUACAUCAUUGGAUUGGGUUAACUAUUAUCCUAAUGUUCUGAUCUAUUUAUCCAUCAUGUAAUCGCACUAAUUUUGAAUUCUGGUUGCGCAUGAGUUUAUUACCACGGAUAAGCUACUAACUUAUCAAAUCGUCACAAUCAUAUAACAGAUAUGGUAUUACACAAUGUUUUCAGCUUACGGAUAUUACGUCACGCCAGUGGCUGAAAUUUUUUUUACACAUUUUUAUAGCCUAUAUUACAGUUUGAACCUGGAAUCUAUUGAAUUAUAAUUGAAGUAUUCACCAAUAGCCCAGAACACUGGGAUAUUAAAGCACAAUGAAAUUAGUCCAUUUAAGUUAUAUAAAUUUAAUAUUAUUUCAAUAUAAUGAUAGAUUUUAUAAAUAAUAUAUACAUAGGAAGGGGAAAUUUUUGAAAUGCUCUAACUUAUUCAAUAAUAAUCAGAAGAAUGUAAAACAAAAACCGAUGUUAUUUUUGAACUUAUUUACAAUACAUACUAAAAAUCGAUUUUUGGAUAAUUCAAUUUUGAGAAUUUUUCAGUUUGAAUAUCUCAGCCUGAAAUCAUCGUAGCUCAAUUCUGUUUUCAUCUACUUCUACUAAACCUUAAACGAUCUUUUAGAAUAUGUUAUCAAAUUUUAUCUAAAGUGAUUAAUAAGAGAUUUUGAAUUCUACUGGAUCGAUUAAUUUUAAUAUAUAUAUAUAAAGGUAUAUUUAUAUAUAGAAAUAAAUUUAUUACCAAUAAAAAUUGUAAUGUUAUAUUAUUGGUAGAUAUAUAAUAUUUGAAUAACACAAACAAAUAUUAUUAUGUAUAUAGGAUAUUGACCAAAUUAAUCAUUAUUGAUUUGAAUGAAACAUUUAUCUAUUGCACACGCAAUGCGGAAAACAUACUUUUUUUUUUUCAAAGAGAACUGUUCCUAGCGUAAUGUUUAUGUGAAAUUAGUUUUUAAAUAUUAAUUAUAUUUAAAAAUAAUAAAUACAUAUUUCCCUUGUUUUGAUAUAACUUUUUAAAACAAAUAAUUUUUUUAAGUAUUAAAGUAUUAUUAAAUUAAAUUUUUUAAAUAUUAUUAAAGUGUUUUAGUAAUUAUUGAUUCGGAAAUUAUUGAUCAGUAACCUACAUCAUUACUGUCUAUAAAAAACAAAAGGAAGCUUAACAAAACCGUCACAAGAUGUGGUUAAUAUUUGUAAAUUAACAGAAACUAUAUUUCAAAGUAAUAUAGAACAAAUAGGCAUCAAAACAAUGAAAUAUAAGUUGAAUAACACAAACAAAUAUUACUAUGUAUAUAGGAUAUUGACCAAAUUAAUCAUUAUUGAUUUGAAUGAAACAUUUAUCUAUUGCAUAAGUGAUGGGUGUUAAAACAAUUUUAUUGAAUGUAUUUUAUAAUAAAUUAAACAGUUAUAUUAAUUAAAUAGUUCUCUUUAUUAGCAAGAAAGACAUAAUAUGGUAUUAAAAUUAUUAAGUAUAAUGACAAAUUAGUAUUGCAUUAACUUCAGGUAAACUAAAAAAUAUUUUUACACAUAAAACCGGUUUAACAUUGUUGAUUUUUGAAAUGAAUUUGUGUUUUUAAAAAUUAUCCAAUUACAAUUAUUGAUUGACUGUUAGAUCUAUUGAAAUGAUAUAAUCUUACUGUUAGGUAUAUUUUUAAAAUUAAUCAUACGAGUUGCGGUUUAUGGCCGUUCAAAGGUGAUUGAUUUAGAAUGUGGUGUGAUAUAAUGGAGAAUAGUUUGUUUAUUUUGAGAUGAGCUGAAGAUUUUAUUAUAAGAAAUUUGAUAUUAUAUUUCAAUGUUUUGAUUACAAAUUUAGCUCCCAAAUCACAAAUCAUUUAAAUAUAAGCUGCUGCACCAACAAAUGUUAAUAAUUUCACUAUUGCACCUGCAUCAUGAAAUUUGGUCAAAUCUAUAUUUACCCAGUUAGCAUUGUUUUUGGAAAGAUACUCCUUUAGUUAAAAAAAUAUGCUAUUGGACUCGGCCUGUUUGAAUUUUAAGCAACCAACAUAAAAGUUAAGGCUUCUUUAGCAUUUGGCAGGGCAUCACUUUCACCAGUACCUCUUACAUAAAUGACAUAACCUUAUAGUCGGGAGCCAAUAUAAUGUACGUCUACAUAAAUAUACAUCUCAUCCUUUAAGAGACGACAGACCAGAGUUUAUUUUUGAUUAUUUUCAUUUCAUCGACCUUUAUAGAAAAAGCACUUAAUGCUUCAAACGUUAUUCCAGGUUCUCCGUUUAUUGAUAAAUACUAUUUAACUAGGCUGGGCAUUAACAAAUUAAACAUUAAAAAUUAAAUUAAUAGUACAUGUAUCAUUAUUAAAUCUACAUGAUGAGUACCUAUGAAUGCAUUUUAAUACUAUGUUCUUUAACAGUGGUUUUAAUUACAUUAAUUGAACAAGUUUACAUUUUACGAAAUUAUUAUUGUAAAACAAUACAACGCAAGGCUUAAAAUGAAUGAAAUAACGUUGGCGGGUAAAAAUAUUUUGAAAAUCGAUAAUGCACAACAGCAAUGAUACAAACACAUGGUAUUACAUUUCGAAAAAGAAAACAGUUGAUAACAUAAAACUAUUGUAUUUAGUCCCUUAUCAAUUAUAUGACUACUAGCAAUAUCCGCGGGCCUACCGGUAUCCGGCUGUUGUCCGAUCCGAAAAGGUUGGGCAUUAACAAAUUAAACAUUAAAAAUUGAAUUAAUGGUACAUGUAUCAUUAUUAAAUCUGCAUGUUGAUUACCUAUGAAUGCAUUUUAAUACUAUGUUCUUUAACAGUGGUUUUAAUUACUUUAAUUGAACAAGUUUACAUUUUACCAAAUUAUUAUUGUAAAACAAUACAACGCAAGGCUUAAAAUGAAUAAAAUUUUGUACUUCAAUGUCUUUUUAAAUAUACAUUUAAACAAAAAAUGAAAACCAGAAAAACUCCGUGAACCGUGGUUAACAUUUAUGAUGUGUUUUCUACAAUCUAUAAACGUACCAAAUUAAGUGUCGUAUCGCACACUACUUUACGUAAGAGAAAAAGUAAAUUCCAAUGCGAAUUAACUCGUGGGCCAUGGUAAUUAAAGAACCAAAGAGAUCUAUAGAUCUAUUCUAAUGGAAAUUAUAACGAACAAUUUCAUGGCGAAAUAAAAAUUAAAAAUUAUUUCAUCCAUGAUUUCACUCAUCUAUCGCUAUUCUUCUCACUCAAUAUUCAUCACGAACACCAUGACGGGAGAUGAGGAAAGAGCAGUCCAUUUAUUAAUGUCUAUGAUAGCCGUGGACUGUAUCAACACCAACUCCGAAAAACGAAACAAUCCACCACAUCAUAAAACUUGUUUUUAGUGUCCUUGCCAAAAUUAUACAACUUAAAAACUCCCGGGGUGGAAAUAAAGGAGGGGGUAUGGGAUAAAUUACUUCAGCAGGUCACAAUAUUUUAAAAGUCGACAAGGCAAAACAGCAGUAAUACAAACGCAUGGUAUUACAUUUCAAAAAAAAAACCGUUAAUAACAUAAAAAUAUUGUGUUUAGUCCCUUAUCAAUUAUAUGACUACUAGCAAUAUCCGCGGGCCUACCGGUAUCCGGCUAUCGUCCAGUCGAUGAGACGAUGACUGGUAUAUGUUAGUAACGGUUCGUCGGUUAAAACAGUGUAAAGUGUUAAUACGUUCAUCUAUAUAAUUUCAUCAAUCCCUCCAUGACAUGUGAAUUUUAGUACACUACUACUGCUGCAGUGUACGUUUUACGUUUGUCUAUUGUUUGACUAACUUGUCUGUGUGAAUUUGCUAAUAUAUCAUCUUCAACGACUUCUACUUCUGUUAUAACACUCGCCAUGGAUUCCGAAAUUACAAAUAAUGGCGGUGAUGUUGGAAAACUGUCAAAGGACGAACUCAAAGUGUACGAUCGGCAAAUACGUCUAUGGGGCCACGAUGGACAGAAGAAGUAUUAUUUAAAAUAAUAACAUUGAAAACUUAUUAACCCGUGUUUUAAUAUUAGGUUGAGUUCAUGGAAUGUUCUUCUAAUCGGAAUGCAAGGUUUAGGUGCGGAAAUUGCUAAAAAUUUGAUAUUGAGUGGGAUACAUUCUAUAACUCUAAAGGAUGAUACAAAUAUUUCAAUUUUAGACCGCUGUUCGCAAUUUCUCAUCCCUCCAGACAGCGAGGAGCGUAAUGUAAGUACUUAUUUGCAAAAUUGAACUUGCAGUACCGUUGUACCGAUUAUAAUUAAUAGGUUCAUUGUGUAUUGUCCAAUUGGAAAUAGUCUAGUGUACCUGUGUACAUAAAAACUUGUAUUAAAAAUAAUAAUAAUAAUAAUAAUAUAAUAAUAUUUGACAAUUGUUUACCAAAUUAUUUAUUAACAUAAACACAUUUCCUAAAUAGGAGGAUGCAUGUUGUUUUUAGCAUUUAUAUUAAUAUUAAUACUUAAUUGACAUGUCAUCAUGAAACAAUUUAUUUAAUAUUAACUAUUAAUUUUGAUUAGGUAUUUAAAAGUUAUAACUAAUUUAAAGAAUGGUGAGACCAACUAUGUAGGUAAAACUAACAUUGGAUUAGCACAAUUAGCAACUAUUAUUUUAAUUUUUCUGUAAUAUUUUCUACUUUUGUAGAUAUGACAUUCCGUAAUUUAUAUCCAGCUUAUCUUAUAUAAAUUUAUAAUACUUCUAAGUAUUUGUCGUUUAUCAGUAGAUCACAUUUUACUAUCGGACCACACCUAAUAGGCCUCUACCAAAAUACAAUUUCUGUCACACAAAAUUGCCAGUAAUAAGUACAAUAUUUAUUUGUAUAUAGCCAUGAUAUAAUAAUUAUAAUAUUUUUUUAAUUAUAGCGAGCCAAAGCAAGUUUGGCGAAUGCUCAAAAAUUAAAUCCCAAUGUGACGGUAACCGCCGAUAUCAAAUCCAUUGAAGAGGAAGAUGAAGAUUUUGUCUCAAAAUUUGAUGUUGUUAUUGCCACUGAGUGUUUUCCUGCAAUUUAUAGGAAAAUCAAUGAGAAUUGCAGAAAACAUAAAGUAAAAUUGUUUAUAGCUGAUGUAUUUGGUUUUUUUGGCUAUUUUGUCCAGGACGUGUAAGUAAAUAUGUGGUUUGUUUAAAAAAUGUAAAACUAAUAAUUUUUUUGUUUUAGCACUUUUGAACACAAUUUGUAUCAUGAGAUUUUUCCAAACUAUGAUCAACGUAGUAAUGUUUCAGAAAACCGCCCAUUACCAUAUUAUUUAACAUCGGGUAUGUAUCAUUGAUUUUGUACAAGGAAAAGAUAAGGUAAGAGUACUAUUGAUUUUUCAAAUUGUUUAGCCUUAUUGAGAUUUCAAUGCGAAUCAAAUCGAAAGCCUGUCCCAGACAACUGCGAGAAGGACAUUGCAGAGCUUAAGUCUAUAAUUUCAUCUUUUGAACAUAUAACCAAUAUAGAGACAUACGAUGAGUAUUUGGGGUAAUUAUUAUUAUAAAUUAAUCUUUAAAUUUAACAUUUAUAUUAAUAAUAAUAUGUUUAUUUCAGUGAACUGUUUUGCGAAAUGAGUCCAACGACUUCUAUUAUCGGUGCAGCGGUAGCUCAGGCAGCAAUGAAUACUAUUAUGGACAGGACGAUUGACAAUUUCAAUGUGUUCUUUUAUGACCAUGUGGAACACAGAGGACAAUAUUUUAAGUUGUAAAACAUAAUGAGAUGAAAUCUGG